AUACCGAAAAAGCCGCAGUUGACCUGAUUUUCAAUAAUGCUAUUGAUGGCCUGUCUGCGGAAGACAAACGGCUGCCUCAGGUACAGAUCCUCCUACCCGUACUGCGUCGUGGUGUUGGCAUACAUCACGGAGGUUUGCUCCCAAUUCUGAAAGAGAUUGUGGAGAUUUUAUUUGCCGAAGGUCUCAUUA